AUGGCUCCAGCCAUGGCACGCAAUCAGCAGCGGCUCGCGCAGCAAAAGUCGACAGCGCCUUCCCAAAAACCUAAGAACCCAAUCAUUACGCCUAUUGUCAGAAAGGCAUCCAAGAUAGUCUCCAAACCAACGGCCAAGUCAGCCUCCGCCCCCAAACCAACACGACCUUCUCCUUCCAUUCUACGAGAUGAGUUGCCUACCUCUAGUAAAGAAGCGCCAAAAGCCGCUUCCGAUUCAUUAAGGACUGCGCAAGCUUCACCAGGUCUCAAAUUCCGCAAUGCAAGUUCGGCGUUGGCUUCUACUUCCAGCAAGCCCAGCGACGUACUUUCCAAGUCAGACCCAAGUACCUCACUAAGAAAGGAUACAGCCGCAAGAAAGGCAAGAAAAAACACAGUUAGAAAGAAUGUCGCUCGUGCGGCAGAGACAUCCAACUCAUCAUUACCGGUGGCUGAAGAAUCAACAAAUAAGCUAAAGGCAACCAGACCCGAUAAGCACCCCAAAAUAAAGAAGGAAAGCUCGAUGUUCGAAGGGAUGGAUCUCAAAGCGAUGAUGGCCAAAGCAAGUAAGACUAGACGGAGGAGUAACUCGUUGGAAUCUGAAAAGAGGCAGGAUGCGGGUGGUGGGGAAGAGGAAGGUCAAAGGCAGCGACACGAAGAAAAGAAGAAGCAGUUGGAGCAGGAAAAGUCCGGGAGGAAGCGUCCAAUGAAGGAGCUGCAUAGAGAAGGGGAAGGUGAAGUGGAAGAGGAAGAAACAGGCAGAACGCGAAAGCGGCUUAAGGAGUCGGAGAUGGUGGAGGAGGGGGAGGAGAGGGAGGAAGAUGACCUACAGGAUGAUAUCGGUCACGAAGCUGAUGAUCAGGGCAUGGACGAUGGAAGUGUCCAAACUGGUCAUAACGGACAUGUUCCGAUAGAAGAGGAGGAGGAGGACGAUGACGAAGAAGAACAGGAGGAAAUGGGUGACGAGAUCGAUGAUUUUGACAUGGAUGAUGGGAGUGUCCACGUGGAUCGAGAAGGAAAUGUUACUAUGCAUGAUGUGAACAACGCGUGCCAGGCUCCUGAUGGCUCAAUCCAGGAGGAGGUGGAGCUUGAAGAGAGUCGGGAAAAUGUGGAGGAGGAGGAGGAAGAGGAUGGGGAAGAUGCGGAUAUGAUUCCUGAGAGCGAAAGGGAAGAAGAAGUGGCUGAUGCCGGUAGGGCCGAUGUUGAGGAAGGGGACUAUGAGGAACGGGAUGAAAUGAAGUCUUCAGGGAGUUCAAUUGAUCAUGACGGGGAGGAUGAAGAAGCGGAUGAAAAAGAAGAAGGGGAGGAGGAGGAAGAGGAGGAAGAGGAGGAGGAAGAGGAGGAGGAAGAGGAGGUGGUGGAGGUGGAGAACGAGCCAGAAGAAAUUGAAAAUGAAGGGACAGAUGAUGAGGCAGAAAAUAAAGAGGAAAGAGAGAAUGAAGACGAGGGUGCAGAGAGGGAGUUUCUUGAGGAAGGGGCUGGUGGAGAUUCUCCGGAUGCAGAUGCAGGUGCAGAUGCAGAAGAACACGCUGAGCAGGAAGGAACGGGGAUCGAUGAGGAAGGAAACAACGACACCACGACAGAAACCCAGGCAUCGACCAACGAAGCAGAGAACGCUGAAAUCUACCAAACCAUCAAGGACUUGAUUCAAAACAUUCCAUCAAAGCACUUUGUCUACUGCAGAACACUCGACCAACCAGACGACAUACAACAUGUGGCCUUCAAGGUUUACGAUGUAGAAGAGAAUGAACACAAAUUCGACACGCGGAACUUGGAGAAUAACCCAGAAGCACUCGAAAGGCUCCUCGGUGUGGCAAGGGAGAUUUACAAGAAGCAGAUCGGUUGGGAGUUUGGCAACCUCAAACGCGACUGUACCUUCUUUAUGAGUGCGAGGAAGGAAGACGAGACGACCAAGGCAAAGCCCAAGACCAAAAAGAAAGUCACGAAAGGAAAUUCCAAGGCACAAGGGUCAGAGCAGGAACAAGCGCCAACAUACACAGGCCAUAUCACGGUUGUCGAUGGUGAUGAUUCUGACAACGAUGAUGAUAGUGAUGAAGGCGGUGAUGAAGGCGGACAGUGGAACAAGUACAUCAAGAGGCUGGCGGAAGAGGCCUUAGGUGUUCUUGGGACGACACCCCAAGUAAAGUUCACACCAGAGCUGGAGUAUAUGUGGGUAUGGGGAGAAAAGAGUCUUUUUCCAAACUACGACUUAUAUCAAGCUGAGGAAGAAAAGAAACUUGCGGGUAGACUGAUGGUCAUUCUAGCUGGACUCGACUACGAAGGCGGCGAGUUUGCGUUCAGUUGCAAGAACAGGUGCCAUUACUUUGAUCCAAAGGCGGAGCCAUGCCUCAUUGCUACAUUGAGCGGCGGUGGCGCCUUCGUUGACGCAUAUCAACUGACCUCCGGCUACCGUAUCGCUUUAGUCUACCAGCUACAUGUCCGCACAAUCAAGAUGGCAGAACAGAAUACGGCCAAGAACACAGUCAGUAUUCUCAACGAUUACGAGAAGGAAUUUCUCGACGGACUCGUCACAUGGCGCAACAGAGUCCAAAACGCCGACGACGACCAGCAGAAUGGGAUCCACCGGACGGUAUAUUACAUCCUGAACAGACAAGUAUCUGGCACGGAGGAGUUCGAACCGUCCGCCGAUCUGACUCCGGCGCAGAAGCUCCAGCUGGCCUGGCUUUACAAACUUUGUAAACAAAUGCCUGGCAAGCGUAUUGGAGAGGAAGUGUACGAGUGGCUGCUACAUGUUGAUCUGGCGGUACUCUUGUGCAGAACGGUCCAGCGGACGGAGAAGGAUGGAAGAAUUGCUGUGCGUCCGGGAUUUGAAGUUAAUUGGACGGCAGAUGCGGAUCUCGAAACAGAUGAUUGGGAUCGCAACGAGAGCGAACAAGGAAUGGAGUGCAUCAGGCUCAACAUCGCCUAG